UCCAGCCGUGCGCCAAUCCUGGGGGCAGAGACCCGGGUCGAACCCCAGGGGAGCAGCAGGGUCCCAGGGUAGGGACCCAGGCGCGGAGCGGGGUGGGGGCGCGCGGAGGGUGCGCGCGCGGGAGGGCCCCGCCUCGGCCGGCUCUUCCCCUCCCCCUCCCGCCCCCGGUCGGCUGCUGGGGCGCGCGCCUCGCCUCGCACCCCCACCCCCGACUCUCUGUGCUCCGCCGGGUCCGCCGCGCUGCCGAAGCCGUGAGCCGGCCCACCGAGCGGUUCCGGGUAUAGGGUUCACAGGUCAGAGUUGACUCCCUGAAAAGUGCAGCCGGUUUGAAAUGCAAGAUGGCGGCGGCGGGGCUCUGAGAGGCGCGGCGGCUCCUGCAGGUGAUGGCAGAUAGGUACUUUGGACCUGUUGGUAAUGAUGGCCUGAGCUAAACACCUCCUAAUUUGAAGGGACACCCUUCCGUGUCAAAGAACAGAAUGGGGAGGAGACUGUGGCAGGUGAUUGGAGUUGUGCUUCAAAAAUUUCAGCAGUUCUGCAGUAUUUUAUUUGCCAACCAUAAGCUCUUUACUUGAUUGCACCAUGAAAAAGCUGCUAAUGAGACUCGUUGAGCACAAAGACAGACUUGAAGAACCAAAAGCCAUUGUUUUCAAAUGAAGGAUACUGAACAGUUUUAAACCCCAAUGCUUUUUAAUCACCACUGAGAUUUCCCCCCCAUAACAUCAGAAUGGCAAGCAGGCGAAAAUCUACAACACCCUGCAUGGUCCUUGCCAGUGAACAGGAUCCAGACCUCGAGUUGGUAUCAGAUUUGGACGAAGGUCCGCCCGUACUUACACCUAUAGAAAACACCAGAACAGAGAGUGUCUCAAGUGAUGAAGAAGUUCAUGAGUCCGUGGAUUCUGACAAUCAGCAAAAUAAAAAAGUUGAAGGUGGCUAUGAAUGUAAAUACUGUACUUUCCAAACUCCAGAUCUAAAUAUGUUUACUUUUCAUGUGGAUUCAGAACAUCCCAAUGUAGUGCUAAAUUCAUCCUAUGUUUGUGUUGAAUGCAAUUUUCUUACCAAAAGGUAUGAUGCACUUUCUGAGCAUAAUCUGAAAUAUCACCCAGGAGAAGAGAAUUUUAAGUUGACUAUGGUAAAACGAAAUAACCAGACAAUCUUUGAACAAACAAUAAAUGAUCUGACUUUUGAUGGUAGUUUUGUUAAGGAGGAGAAUUCAGAGCAAGCUGAGUCUACAGAAGUUUCUUCUUCAGGAAUAUCUAUCAGUAAAACUCCUAUCAUGAAAAUGAUGAAAAAUAAAGUGGAGAACAAACGGAUUACAGUUCAUCGUAAUUCAACUGAGGAUGUUCCGGAAGAGAAAGAGAAUGAAAUCAAACCAGACCGUGAAGAAACUGUGGAAAAUCCAAGCUCUUCAGCUUCUGAAUCAAAUGCAAGUACUUCUGUUGUAAACAGAAUCCACCCACAUGCUGCCAGCACGGUUGUGGCCCCGGCAGCAGUUCUUCCUGGGUUAGCACAGGUGAUCACGGCAGUAUCAGCUCAGCAGAAUUCCAGUUUGAUUCCCAAAGUCCUAAUCCCUGUUAAUAGCAUUCCUACCUACAAUGCUGCAUUGGAUAACAACCCCCUUUUGCUUAACACCUACAACAAAUUCCCAUAUCCAACAAUGUCAGAGAUAACUGUUCUUUCUGCUCAAGCAAAAUAUACAGAGGAACAGAUCAAGAUAUGGUUUUCAGCCCAACGUCUAAAACACGGUGUUAGCUGGACUCCCGAGGAAGUAGAGGAGGCAAGAAGGAAACAAUUCAACGGAACAGUACACACUGUACCUCAGACCAUAACUGUCAUUCCUACCCACAUCUCUGCGGGGAGUAAUGGUUUACCAUCCAUCUUACAGACAUGCCAAAUAGUUGGCCAGCCGGGUCUGGUCCUCACACAAGUAGGUGGCACGAACACCUUGCCAGUAACAGCACCUAUAGCCUUGACAGUGGCAGGGGUUCCAAAUCAAACGAAUGUACAGAAAAGUCAGGUCCCCGCUUCUCAGCCAACCGCAGAAACCAAGCCAGCAACAGCAGCAGUCCCAUCCUCUCAGCUGGUCAAACACGAAGCCACGUUGGCAAACCCUGAUUCAUUUGGCAUUCGGGCUAAAAAGACUAAAGAGCAGCUGGCAGAAUUAAAAGUCAGCUACCUGAAGAAUCAGUUUCCCCAUGAUGCUGAAAUUAUCAGACUGAUGAAAAUCACAGGACUGACCAAAGGAGAGAUUAAAAAAUGGUUUAGUGACACAAGGUACAACCAGAGAAAUUCAAAGAGUAAUCAGUGCUUACAUCUCAACAAUGACUCCUCUGCCACUAUCAUCAUAGACUCUAGCGAUGAAACCACAGAAUCCCCAGCUGUUGUGACUUCACAGCAGAAACAGUCCUGGAAUCCUUUUCCCGACUUUACUCCCCAGAAGUUUAAAGAGAAGACAGCGGAGCAGCUUCGUGCCCUGCAGGCAAGUUUUCUCAACAGCUCCGUACUUACAGAAGAAGAACUAAAUAGGUUAAGAGCGCAAACCAAACUCACCAGAAGGGAAAUUGAUGCUUGGUUUACAGAGAAGAAGAAAUCAAAAGCUUUAAAGGAAGAGAAAGUGGAAGCAGAGGAAAGCAAUGCAGGUAGUUCCAAAGAAGAAGCUGGAGAAACUUCUCCUGGAGAUGAAUCUAGUGCACCUAAGUCAGGGAGUGCUGGCAAGAUAUGUAAGAAAACACCCGAGCAGCUGCACAUGCUUAAGAGUGCGUUUGUCCGAACACAGUGGCCGUCGCCAGAAGAGUAUGACAAGCUGGCUGAAGAAAGCGGACUUGCUAGAACAGACAUAGUUAGUUGGUUUGGGGACACCCGUUAUGCUUGGAAAAAUGGAAACUUAAAAUGGUACUACUACUAUCAAAGCGCCAAUUCAAGUAGCAUGAAUGGUCUGUCUUCUCUUAGGAAAAGGGGGAGAGGGAGACCAAAAGGCAGGGGGAGAGGAAGACCUCGUGGGCGGCCCAGAGGAGGCAAGAGAAUGAACAACUGGGACCGGGGGCCGUCCCUCAUCAAAUUUAAAACUGGAACUGCAAUACUUAAGGAUUAUUACCUGAAGCACAAAUUUCUUAAUGAGCAAGACCUCGAUGAACUUGUUAACAGAUCACAUAUGGGUUACGAGCAGGUCAGAGAAUGGUUUGCCGAAAGACAGAGAAGAUCGGAGUUAGGUAUAGAAUUAUUUGAGGAAAACGAGGAGGAAGAUGAAGUUAUUGAUGAUCAGGAAGAGGAGGAAGAAGAAACAGAUGACAGUGACACUUGGGAACCCCCACGACAUGUGAAGCGGAAGCUUUCUAAAUCAGAUGACUGAAAUCUGCCUAAAACGUUGGAGGAGAAUCAAUUCUUCAACUCCAGAUGUCUGAUUUACUGUGAAUGGCCCAAUCUUUGAUGACAUUGAAAACGUUUGGGGGCAUAUACAAUCUCAAAAACUAGGAUCCAAUACCCAAAAGAAAUGGAAUUCAGUGUUGUGCCAAAGUUAAACUACUGCAAAUGGCAGAAGUCCUGCAAUGUACAUAGAACACUAAUUAAAAAAACAACCUGUACAAAUUCAGAUUUUAAUACAGUACAUUUUUAUUCUGAUAUGAUGGAGACAUUCUGAUUCUUAGACUUUCUGAGGGAGUUUAAUGACCACUAGAGCUUGUCCUCAUAUUUUUUUCAGCUUAAUACUGUAUGUCUCAUAAGAUGGGCCUUAUUGCCUGUAUUCUUUGAUAUGUGAUUAAGCCUAUAGCUUUCAGUGACCAAACAUUUUACAGAGUAGAAAUUGUUAGAAGCAGGAAAAAGAAAAAUCUGAUUUAUUUCUAUGUCUCAUUUAUCCGGCCCUGCACUAAGAUUAAGAGUUGUGCAUGGGUUUAUAUAAUUUCAAUGUAAGUAAAAAACUAUUGACACAUGUUGGAGCAAAGAGGUUUUGUGGUAUCAUUGGCGCUUAAUGAUUUGACCUUUCAUUGAACACAUUCAUGGGUUCCACUAUUACUAUUUGUAAUACUCCAUUACUGUUUUUCAUUAGAAACUGAAUUAGCUUUUUUUAAAACCGAACAUAAUCAGUACUGAAGAAGGGAAAGAAACUGGCAUAGGAAUUUCAAGAGGGUGAAACUCUGAAAUAAACAUUGUACCAAAAAUGUGAAAAGGAAUCAUGUAGUAAAUAUUAACUUACUCUUUUCUUACAAUCAUAGAGAAAUCAGAAAUGUUUGUACAGGUGUCAGAUCAGAGCUUUCAAAAAUUAUCUUUCGGUGAAAUUCUACUUUGUGUAACAGUUUCAGUGAAUAAAGAAAAAAAAUUCUGAACUGAUCAGAAUGAGUUAAAACUUAGCUCUUCACUUAAGAGUUAUGGGAGUGUUAACUGUUAACUCUUGCCAUUUCAGGAGACUGAAAGUUCCUCCUAACUCAUAAACUUUGUAAAGACCGGUGCUGUUCAUUCGUGUUGAGAAGGAUCCUUUUCUUUGUGACUAUAGGACCAUUUUUCAAAAUGUGCUUUCUUCAUAGAAGAAAUGUUCAGUUUCAUUAGCUUUGGAUUUUAAGAUGUUUUUCUGAAUGACCAGAUGUAGUGGGCUUGGCCAGUUUAUUUUAUCUAAUUUAAUGAAUAAUAAAUAUUAAGCUCUUGUUUUUACCUUAAUGUUUUGUCAGCUAAUGAAAAUGUUAUGAAAAAGCCUUGACUAUGCAUGCUGCUUUCAUUUUUAUAAACUUUUCAUUUUUAACUAUAGCUUUAUUAGUAAUUCCAAAAUGCUGCAAUUUAGCUGAUUUCUUCACUCAGACAGCUGGCUUUGUGGGUGGCUUUUUCAUACUACUGUUAACUUUUUAAAGAGAAGCAAUGUAAAGACUGUAACAAUUUAAUGCACUAAACUGUUCUUUCUUUUACAUGUUUAAAAACUUCUUAAAGCACUCUGUAUUAUAAAGAUUAAAUUGCUCCCUUUUUUAAACCAUUGCCAAUGUGGUCUGAGUUUUGUUUGACAAUAAUUUUAAUGUUCAAAAUUUGAAAUGUCAAGUAUUGGAAAUGAAACCUUGAAUAUAUUUAUAUUAUGUUUCCCUUGCAAUAUGUUAAUUUUUAUAGCUGUAAAUAGCUAUUAGUAAUUUUCCCCAUCUCUUUUAUAGACUUGGCACUUUGCUCUGAUGUUUGCUAGCUUUUAAAUAUAUUUAUUUGACAGAGCAAAGAACUUUUCUCUCCUGAUUGACUGUGUCCUUGAAUACAAAAUAAAAAAUUAGCAGUGAUUAGUAGUUUUCAGUGA